UGCUCUGUUAAGCAAACUCUGUCGGUUCCCCAAAAAAAAAAAAUUCUGUCGGACCGACCAGAAUUCAUCUCAUCCUUGCACACAAAAUCCAAAUUGCCCGUUGUUUUUCCUUACUUUUUCAACCCCAAAAAAAGGAAAUUUUUAUCACCAAUAUGCCCUUCAAUUUUAAUUUCCCAAUUUUCCCCCAAAAGUAAAAAUUCUUUUGCUUUUCCAUCUCUUCUCACCAUCAUCAUCACCAUCAUCAUCACCAUCAUCGUCGUCAUCAUCAUCAACCUACUGUACCGCUCGUCGGAGGAUUCCCUCCGGUUCCCCUCUGCUGUGUUUGCGGCAGGUUGAAGAAAAUUCGAUCUUGUUUGCGGUGCUUCGAGGUUUUCUCGCUCCUUUGACUUCUGCAGAAAUCAGAGUUUGGGAAGUUGCUUUGCCCGAUUAAUCGGUAGGAUUCUGCUGAGGGUGAUGUCUAGUCAAUUUUCGAGUGGGGGUUGCCUGUUUUGGAGUAGUAUGUGUUGAACGUUGAUGACCAGCAUGAAACUCGAAUCUUGGAGCUGAAAAGCAUGAGCAUUGAAUCUUCUCCCACAGGGAUGAGCAUGCAGAUAGAACAACAGGAUUCCUCAGUCCAUGGGGCAGACCUUCAACCUGAGGGUGCUUUGACUUCUGAUGGAAAUGCGAGUGCACCUGCUUUGUCCUCUGACGAUGUUGUGCAGCAACCUGCUAAAAGACCAACUCGUCAAUGGGCUGCUUGGACUCGUGAAGAGGAGGAAAGUUUCUUCACUGCGCUAAGACAAGUUGGCAAGAAUUUUGAGAAGAUCACUUGCCGUGUCCAAAGUAAAAACAAGGAUCAGGUCAGACAUUAUUAUUAUCGCCUUGUGAGGAGAAUGAACAAACUACUAGGUCCUAGAUUAUGUCUCGAUGCAAAAAACUCAAAAGACACUAAUGCUGCAAUGCUUAAAUGGUGGUCCCUUCUUGAGAAAUAUAGCUUCAAAGCCUCAAAACUUCACUUGAAGCCUCGAAGGUUUAAGAUAUUUGUAGAAGCUUUGGAACAUCAACUUUUGAAGGAGCGCAAAAAGAGUGUGAGGAAGCGUUCUCAGGGGGAAAAUUCAUCUCCCUCUCCAUGCACUCUUUCGAGUCAGAGCAGACCUUCUGCUCAUGAUAGCCAGAGUGUAAAAAUGGUUCUUGUUGACAGUCAAAACAUUCAGAAAUUAGGUCCUGGAAAGCCUUCGUUCAAGCGCAACGUAAGCUUAGGGACUACCCGUAGUAACAGCAAAGGAGAAUCAACUUCUUUAAAACAACCGAGACGACGACGGAAACCUGGCGUUAUCUCGCCCAGCUCAUAUAAAAAGUGGGAAAAGGCUGCAAUAGCUGGGGUUUCUUUGGUUGCUGAUGCUGCCGAGCAUGUUGAGCGUACUGCUGCUGAUGCUGCGGAGCAUGUCCAGAUUACUGCUGAUGCUGCACGGCGUGUCAAGGCUACUGCCACUGUUGAGCAUGUCAAGCCCUCUGUUGCUGAUGCUGCAGAGCAUGUCAAGCCCACUGAUGCUGAUGCUGCAGAGCAUCUCAAGUGCACUGCUACUGAUGCUGCACAGCAUGUCAAGGGCAGUGCUGCUGAUAAAGACAUUAGACCUGACCAAAGUAUUCCAGGAAAAGGGGGUUCAGAUCCUGCUCGUGGAGUGCCUCCCAUUUCACAGAAUCAUCUCAUGGGAGGUACAAAACUCAAGCUUCAGCUGUUCCCAAUUGAUGAUGGCACACGAAGAGCCUUGGAAAUGGAUAAACACAAUCCGCACCUAGAGCUCACCCUUAGCACCCGAAAGAAGAUAUCUUCAGUUCUCGAACAUCUGAAUCGCAAGUGGGGUAGUUCAAGCGUGGCACAUGGAGAGCUAAUGCUCUUUCCUUAUGGUGUUCAACGAGAGAACCUCCUGGGCUGUACAAAGUGGACUCAAGACUCCAUUUGUAGUGCUGCCGAUGUAUAUGCAAUGAUUGGAAACCCUGCAGUUUUCCGAUUGUGGUACGGUUGGUUUACAAAUACGGGAGCACCUGUGGGGCAAUGCUGCUUUCCUGGGGAUUUGACACGCCGUUCACCAGUCGCUAAUAGUUGUCCCGAGAAGGUUGGAGAUGUACAAAGGGAUCAGCUACUUCUUUCCGCUAGAAACCAUGAUGGGCUGAGUGGACCUAACGAUACACGGGAGCAAAUAAAUUGUGCUGCUGAAACUGCUGCUAUGCCAUGCAGUGUGAAGCAGACUGGGGAUGAGAACUUGAAGCACAAUGACGAGGACGACCACAGAACUGCCAAUACUGCUGCACUCUCAGCCGGGGAAUGGGCUGAUAGUCUUACUAACAUAAGCAUUGGUGAUUUGCUUUCGGAAGUUGCUCACAGUGAGGAAGUUAACUGUGCGGAGACUUCUGCUGCGAAAGCUCCUCAAUGUGCGCAGCAAUUCUUUAUUAGCUGCGACUCAUUUGACGCAGCGGUAGCUGCCCAUAUGUCAAAAUAUCAGGACAAGGGGGCAUUUCAGUCAACCUUCUCAUCCCACAUAUCGUCUUCUAUAUGGGAUGCUGAGGAAACCUGUGAUGCCUUCUUGUUCAGGAAGACUGCUACUGCAUGUGAGGAGGACCCUUGUGGGAAUAAAUCCGUAGGAGCCACUGAAGCGACAGGGAGAACGAUUCCUGCAGGCUCAGAUGGAUUCGUUGAGGAGUCGCCUGAAGUAAAAAUGGCUGCAAAGGAUCCUGAUGGUGAUGGCCCUGUCGAGGAUUAUCUGUCUGAUGAUCAAAUGAUCAUGGAGAACUCGACCCCGGAUUUUUCAGAAUUAACUGAUAUAUAUUGGCCUGAAUCCCUGGGACCGUUAGAUUUGGAUAUACCAGCUCCGAACUACGGCAGUGAAGAUCUGAUCUUAAGUGACAGCCUGAGCUGCUUGAACCGCCUAAUAGCAAGUAGUCUCGACGCAUUCCAAAACUGCUCGUUCUUCGGGGUCGACAAGAAGGAACCGGAGCCAACAACCAUGGAAGGCCGGGAGACCGCCCCCUUCAGGAUAAGUAGUGGAGUUUAGGCUUGAGGGGGAAGUGUCCACAAUGCGGACUAAUCAACUUGCUGUUUGGCUUGACAGUAGAGGCUUCUGAGGGCAAUGAAGUCGUCCGAGCCCUUCAGAAGCUGCUCUCGAUGGUUUCUACAAAUAUAGAUCCGAUGUCACUUGUGCAACGCUGUAAUCAAAUGAUCGUCGCCCUUUCUGUAUAUGCACAUCUCACAAUCAAUAUAAACAGUUUUUUGUUGUGUA